AUGGCGAUCCUCGCAGUGAUGCUCCGGGAGGAUCCUUGCCGGAACUUCUUGGAUGGAGCGGUGCCGUUCUAUCCAGAGCUCAGCGUGUUUGGGCAUGCGCCUCCCCUGCAACCGGAGGAAGCUUGGAGCUUGAAGGGAAGUACAGCUCGUUCAUGCACGCCUUUCGUGAAGCGGCGUGCGAAAUCGGCGCAUGUGGCAGCUAAGGCGGGCGACCGGCCCUUCGACUGCAUCAUGGAGCAUCCACGCCGGCUGUCCCAUCUCAUAGCCAUCGGCGUCCGCAUUCCGGCGGUGGUUCCAAGUCAAAACACCUGGGACAUUGGCACCUUCAGUGCCGGAGGCGCAGUGCUGGAUGCCAGUUGCACCCUGACUGCUCCAUUCAUGCUCCUGGACUCGCAGGUGAACUUGCUGGCGGCUUCAGCUUUGCAGGCCCAGUGGACAUCAGACACCUCCAAGUCGAUCUUCUUCUUGGGCUUUGAGUUGUCAAGACAGGCAUCCGCCACUGUGAUGCUUCGGGCACCCUUUGGGCUGCGCCCAGCCGGGGCGCGCUGCUCUUCCGCGCUGCAACUCCAGGGUGUUCCAGCCGGGUACGUGCCGCUUCCUGUUGGCAGCCGUUCUGUCACGUGCCUGGCUGGUGGAGGACAAGACUCUGCCUUUUCGGGCAGGGCCGCCGCUUUGCUGGAAGGCAUCAUCGAGCUAGAAGUGGUUGGUGCCACAUUGCUUGCGGGAACGAUGUAUGCUUUUGGUGUUGAACUUCGCAUCCCUGCCGGGCUCCUCUAUCAGAACACAUGGUUCCUGGCGGUUGGCGGCCAGGCAGCAUCUUUCGAAGGAGCGGACCUCAUGCGAGUGGAAACGGCGAAGGUGGAGGCAUCUUUCCCAGGCUUGGCGUUGCGCUCCACGGGGCCUUUGCCAUACAACGACGUGCAGAUGCAGUUGACGUUUGGCGCGAACGUAUCCGUGCUGGCUUCCAUCCUGCUUGUGAUCCCACCAGUAUUUGUCGCCGGUUCAGAGGACAUCGUGUGCGCACCGUUCCAAAACUUCUCGAUCUGGCACCAGGGGGACUCGUGUAAAUUGCUGAACGGCUCACACGCCGAAUGUGGGACCUCAUCCUGCAUUCAGCUGGCAGCACGGAAUGCUGAUGAGUCAGAUCAGGUCUGGCUUUUGAGAGGUGCCGUGUAUGUUGUGACGGUGCGAGUGCAAAACCCUGCAGCGUGCAACGCGUGCAGCCCACCUUGGCAGGUCAUCCUCAAACUGGAGCAAGUGACAUGGUCAUCAGAGGCACAAGGCUUCCAACUGGUGGGAGAGGUCGCGGACUUCGUUGUCGAGCCGUCCCACCGCCUUGGCGAUUCCUCUGUGCUGCUGACUGUGAGGAUCGACUUUGUGGCCAGGCUCCUCUUGCACGACCAAGUGGUGUUCACCGUGCCGCCUGGUUGGGAGCUGGACCCUCUCUUCUGCGAGUCGCCCGUGGCACAGGCAGCAAUGUUGGGCUUGAAAGCCCCCCCGAUCUGUUCCUCAACAACGGCAACUCUGACAGUCUAUGAGAUGGACUUGCCACCACUCUCCAACCCACAGCUGCAGCUCAGACUGGAGGGUAUGGCACCUGAGUUCGGCCUGUGGCAAGCAAAGAGGACCGAGUGGCUCAGCAUUCUCCAAGAGGUCUCCACCGCGUCCGCCCUGCCUUUCGAGUUCAGCGUGGAAGUCCGGCGUCGCAGUGGCCAGUCUGUGCUAACGGUCUCAGCUGGCAAGGUCCAGGCAUACGAGGUGAUGCCCAACAUGGCGCCCAACUGUGAGCUUGCCAUCUCAUCUGCCUCACUGGCAUCGCUUGCUGCAAUGCGGCUGUCAUUGCGACCAUCUGAAAGUGUAAAUGCCUACGUGAACAGCAUCUGGAUACGGUCAUCCUUGCCUUAUGAUUUUCGAGGCUGCUCUUUGCUCUGGGAGGAGCCAGCAGCUCGCGCAGCAUCAAGACCGGAGGAUCCCGCGUUCCGUUUCGCUGGCGAGCCAAGCUGCGUCGGACAGUUGAAUGAGCUCACACUUUUUGGCGUACUGCUUGACACAUCUAUCAAGGACCAAGUGACCCUGUAUGUGGCCAAUUUCACUGUGCCUCGGCCACCGUAUGUUGCCAAGGAGAGCCGAUGGGAGGUGGCGCUGCUCCGUUCUCGGAGCGGCCUCGCGCCCAUCAAGGAGGACCACGGGAUCGGCCUACCAGGGCCAGGAGCCUUUGGUGGCCUUGUUGUAUCCGCAGAGCAGUUCUACAGCAACUUGGAAGCCGGAGCAGUCAACGAGCUCUCCUUCCACAUGCGAGUCACGGUGCCACUCCUCCAGGACAGCGUGCUCAGGGUGAUUCUUCCACCGGGCUUUACUUUGCAGCAGUUCGACUACUUCGAAGGUGUCUCACGUCACUUCGCCAGGAAUCCAGCAGCCAGCGCAGUGAUGACGUCCAGGUCCAACAUGACAGAAGUCUUUGGAAGUGACGCCCCUGACGGCAUGGUAGAAAUCCUGAUGCUGCGAAUCCUGGUCGACUCUUCGGUGGAAGAGUUGCUGGAGUUCCGGAUAAGGGUCCGCAACCCCACGGAGGAGUUGCCAGAGAUGUACCAGGAUCUGAAUCGCUGGCUCGUGGAGACGCUCGAUGCGACUUCUGGGCUCGUGGUGAACUCAAACAAGCUGUCUUGGGUCAGCUUCGAGCCAAGACCAGGCUUUCUUGAAGCAACGCCAGUUCCGCAGGAGUCCUUGGCCGGCGCAGCCACGCGCGUGACGCUGGUUCUGCGGGUGACGUCAUUGGUGCGUUUCAUGGAAGCUGCUCCCGUCAUGCUGGAAGUGUGGGCUCCGCCAUCUUAUCUUCUGGAGGCAAACUGUCUCGGAAACGGCUCGACGACGUCCAGCCUGCCGUUUGCACAGACGUGCAACUCAUUCGGGCGCUUAGCACAGGUCACAGGCACCUUGCCUGCAGAACUCACAGUGUGGGAGCGGGAGGUCAGCUAUGAGCUCAACCUGGGCGUGGCCCAAAACGGUGACCUCGCCAGCAACUCGGACAACAGUUGGCAGGCCCAGCUGUGGCAAGUCGUUCCUGCGAACGUUUCGGAUGCGAGUGAGGAAGUUCCUCUCACCGUGGGUCCUGCAAUAGUUGUGAGAGACGCUGCUGUGUGGCAACCCGGUGCCGUGGGCCUCGAAUCGCAGAUCUUGCGCACGGAUGACAGGCUGCUCGUGAUUGACACCACGUGGUUGGAAACAAAGGGCCUCGUCGUUGGAGCUUCCGAAGCUGCUGUGCUCCUGGCAGAUGGACGGUUUGGAAAGACAGCGGCAGCGGCCUUGCGCAAUGCUCCAGCAGAUGACCGACCACGGCCACUGUCGAGGGCCGACUUGAAGGAGCUUGUCCACAAGACAAGCAUUGGCGGUUAUCGAGUUCAAGGGGCCACAGCGGCAUUCGGAGUCGGGGCGAGAUAUCCAACCUUGCCGGACUGGACAUCAUUUGUUGCAGGUCUUCAGCUCGGUUUUGCUACGACACUCCGUCUGGCAAGCAUCCGUAUCUCCGCACCACCGCACUUCGUCUUCAGUUGCGAGCAGCUGGAGCCUGGAAACACGAGGCUUGCUUGGGCAUCAGCAGCCCUGCCCUGCAGAGUGGUAGUGAGCCCAUUUGAGUCAGCGAUGUUUCUCCAGGGUGCGCAGCCUGGAGGACCAAAUGGCUAUGCAGCAGGCAUGCAUUGGUGGUUUGGAGGCUUGGUUCGACUGGAGUUCCGGUCUGGCUGGCCAGAAGAGAGGCAGCAUUGGGAAGUGGAGCUUUCCGAUGAGACGGGUGAUCUCCGUCUCAGCGCCGUGCCCCAGAGUGCACCAGAAAUGCUGGAAACGUGGCUCCUGGAUUCCCAGCUCCAGCCGCGCUUCACAGGCACUGGGGACACCACCCUGGUGGACCUCACAUUCGCAAUUCGCUUCUUCGAUCCUGAGGACGCGACUGGCCUUCCUCCACAGGACAUUUGGAAUGCAACGACACAGCGCCUGCAGCUGUUUGUUCGGGGACCACGCAGCGUGCCGUUCGAUCGCGCGCAAUUCGCCGAAGGCAGCUGUAUCGAAGCGGGUGACGACAUUUUCUUCCCGGACGACAGUUACUUGGGACGACCGCCAGCUGCAUGCACUCGACUGAGCUUUCAUCGACAGCUGCAGGAUCUCACUGAGGUUCCGGCCACGAGCGUUGCCCCAAGACGGCUUCAGGGUCAGCUGCGCAUGGCUCUGAAGCUGACAUCACUCUGCAGGCCACCGAUGCCGCGGUGCAGCGAUUUCUUCGCGCUGCAGCUGGGGCAGGAGCGGCCACUGUAUGCACGUGAUGCCGGUCUUGCUGCCCAACUGGAAGCGGGUGAGAUUGGCACAGAGCAGGCAGUGGCACCGAGAGUUCAGGUCAGCAGCUUCGCUUUCACGGUGUCCCUGCUCCUGCUAGAAGCAUCUGCUUGA